UUUGCCGUCGUCUCCGCGCUCCUGCUGGGCGUCUCGGCCCUGAGGCUGCCUCCUCCGGCCGACUCGGGGUGCUGCUGCUGCGACAUCUCCAAGGGCAGAAUCGACUGCGACCUGUCCAUCCCGUCGUCGGAGUGCAUCUGCGCGCAGGUCAUCUGCCCCGCCAACGCGCCGACCGUCUGGCACGGCCAGCCACCCGCUGUCACGCCGGCUAUCACGCCGCCUACCGCCUCCGGUCCUAUUACUGCGCCGUCUCCGCCUCUGUCGCCGAGGCCGAAGCCCAAGCCCAAGCCCGUGCCGGGCCCGCCCAAGCAGUGCUGCUGCUGCGAUCCCAGCGUCAUGAAGAUCCGGUGCGAAGUCAAGCCCGCCAUCGACUGCAUCUGCCUGGCCGUCAUGUGUCCGCCGGAUGCCGAGACGAUUUUCGUCAAGCCUACGCCUGCGCCUACU